AUGGUAGUUGUAUUCAUCAACACAAAUAUCCUGUCCAAGAUGAUAAAUACAACUACCAUGAUUCCCUGCAGGCGUGUCUCACAAAGGGAACUGGGAAUUGAGCUGAUAAAUCUCUGUUUACAAAAUGCAGCGCUGAAUUCUUCUGCAGACUUUUAUUGGGCUUUCAACCGUCAAAGCUCGGCUUUUAAAGGUGCAGCCAAAGUGGUUAGAAAUCCCCAGAUGGGCAAUGUUCUCAGUCUACUGCGAACAGGAGGGGGCUGGGCCAACCUAGGACAGUUCAGCAACCGUUGUCUCGAAGACUUUAACAACUGCCAGCAAGGAAUUUCAAUAUCUUUUUGGCUUCAGCUCAUCGACGGCCUUUACAUCGUGGCUAUCACAAAUGCAAACAACACCAUACUUUCAGUGCAAGUCAAGGACCACAGAAAUCUUCUUAUCCAGCUCACGGCCGGUUCCAGUCGUUGGCAAAUAAAACGAAGUUGUUUUCCUGUAGGUUGGUUUUUCCUGACGAUCACCUGGAACCACACAAAUAUAUUGUAUUACGAAAACGGCCAGCUCUUGUUCAAGUCUCCACCACCAGCCCAAGUGAACUAUUCCUCAUCUGAUGACUCAAGUCUGUUGUCUGUUGGUGGACUCAAGGGAAAGGGAGGGUUUUCCACUAUGAGGAUGAGCUCGCUCGCCUUGUGGACUCGAGUGCUUUCAAGAAAUGAAGUUAUGGACAGCUACUUGAAAAAAUUUUCAUCACCCAUUACAAGCCGCUGCCUCUCAAAUCCCUGUCCGUCAGACCAGUGGUGUGAGGAUGACAGCAGUGGCUCAAGCAACUUCACUUGCAAUGAGCCUGCAGGUUUCUACUGCAGUUUUGACAGCGGCUAUUGCCAGUGGCAAAAUGCGUCGAGCAAUAAUCAGCACUGGAUGAGAUUCAGCGAAUAUGGCUCGUUACGUCAUGACCACACAAAUAACUCGUGCGCAGGCUCCGGAAAAUUUCUUGGCUUUAUUUCUCAAGGUGUGGCCCCAGGAAGCAAGCUUAGCAGUGGCAUAAUCAGUCGACCAUUUCCAAGCCCGAGCGUCCCUGGACAUAAAGUCCUACUAUCUAUGUGGUACUACGUGGAGGGAUGGACGAGGAAUAAACUGUAUUUUGUUAUUCAGAGUUCUUCUUCGUGGUGA